CAAUGUUAAGUUUUACAUUGUUUACUAGUAUAGGUCGUUUCACAUAUUUAGAAAAAUUUCUAGUUUGCCGGUUUAGUGAAAUGGAAAUCUAAGGUAAAGGUUUGAAUUGCUUUUGUAUGCAGAAAUCGUUUACAAAUGGUGAUGUGAAGGAACUUUAAAACCAAAAGCAAAUACUAAUACAAUUAUUCACAGGUAUUCCCAGAAAGUUUUGCCUCACAUAGACAUUCGUGUCGCAUUAAUUUGAUUUUGACGCAACUCUUUUGAUUAUUUUUAUAAUUUUCAAAACAAAAAGGUGAAACGGAGUUGGCAUUGCUGAACGGCGACAUACAUAUUUAUAAAAUUUAUCGAAAAUGGAUACAGCAAUUAAAAUUGAGGAUUCCAACUGUAAUGUUCAUCAGUCGUCUGCAUUUAAUAAUAGUUCUUCGAUUUCUGCUAUUUUACAAAUGUGUCAAUCAAGUUGUAAUGAUUAUGCCGGUAUUCUUCCCGCUCAUCCACAUGACAUUAUUAGCGUAAAUAGUGUUGAACUUAAUGCACAAACAUCGUUAAGUGAUGACUCUGGUGUUCCACUUACUACAAACAGCUCAAUAUCUAGUGGAGAUUCGUAUCGAAUGGGCUUAUGCAGGCAUGAAGUUGAAAUUGUUGAAAGUGAUGGUGAAGUCUCUCAGUUUGAUUCACUUGAUAAUUGCUCCGAAGGGGGAAUGAGCGCGGAAAAUUUCAAUACAUUAAAAAAGGGCCCCUCGGCACCAAUAGACCCCCCCAUAGAAUUUCAAGACUCACCUAAUAUAGCAGUUGGCCGGUCCAUUAAACAGCAACUGAGGCGUUUAUCAUCUUCACAUUCAUCUCUAGAACAAUCAAAAGACUCUGAACGUAAUGAAAGCAAUAUCCGAGUGGACAGAAUUUUUUGUAAAGACACAGAUAUAGAAGUGGCUGCUCAAUAUUUUGAUAGAACACGUAAAGAACUUUACCUCAUGAGGAAACCUAUAUACUCAAGUGACUCAAUUCUUAGCAAUAAUAUGGAAAACGCUUAUGAUGAGCCCAAUAACGCGAUAGGCAAUUAUGGUUUUGACAAUGCUCAAAUGACGGAGCCGCAUACGUUUUCAGUUUCACCACCUUUACCACCAGCAUCACAUACUUCUAUUGAACAAAAAAAAGAUAUAUGUUCAUAUUAUCAAGACCAAACUAAGUACUUUAAGGCAAUAACAUCGGAACAAGAUAGCAUAAUAAGUGCUGCACAUAAGUUCAAUACAUCUGGUCUAUCUGAAAUCCACGAUUAUGAUCUAUACUAUGGAUUAAAGAGAAACACGUUUCAAUGCGAAAACGGCAUACAAAAAAAUGUACUUUACAGUCCUCGAAAUCUUUCAAAUUAUUGUCACGGUCACCACGUUUAUACAG